ACUGCAGAAGCGGGGAGUAUAGGAAAACUCAGGGUGCUGUGUCCCCGGGGCGUCCUGGACCCCUGGACGUGACACAAAGGAACCCCUUGCAGCUUUCCUGGCUAAGGGUUAUUUAGAGACUUCCCUGAAGACACGCAGUUCAGUGCGUUCUGAGUGGGCUCUCGGCUCAGGAUGGCUGAAGAUUCGAGAAAAAACGCAGCCUUGGACGCCGGGUCUGCAAAGGAACAGACGGGGCUCCUGAUUGUGAAGCUGGAAACGGAGGACGCCGCUGCGGGGGCAGCGCAGGGCAGUGCACCCAGCAGCCCCGCCACCGGCUCCGAACGCUCCCGCCAGCGCUUCCGUGCUUUCCGCUACCCAGAAGCCACGGGUCCCCGCGAGGCACUUGGCCGGCUCCGGGAGCUCUGCCGACGGUGGCUGCGGCCCGAGGUGCACACCAAGGAGCAGAUCCUGGAGCUGCUGGUGCUGGAGCAGUUCCUGACCAUCCUGCCCAGGGACCUGCAGAGCUGGGUGCACACGCAGCGCCCCGAGAGUGGAGAGGAGGUGGUGGUGCUGUUGGAGUACUUGCAGCAGCAGCUGGAUGAGCCGACGCCGCAGGUCCCAGGUGGUGGCCAGGAGCAAGGACCAUUGCGUUGGAAAAUGGUACUUUUGACCCCGUCUCAAGAGUCCCAAAGCAAGCCGCUCCAGCAGGUGAAGUUCCUGAUCAAGCAUGAAUCUCUGGAGUCCCAGCCCUUACAACACAGAGUUCUCCAGGGUUCUGAGCUUGCCCAGGGAGAGAACUGCCAAGAAGGUGCAGUGGCCGUUGCCAGGCUUGCUCCAGAAUUCAAGGGGUUCCUGAAAAUGGAAGAUGUGGCCCCAACUGCCUCCCCCGGGUGGAAACAGCUGAAUUCAUCUUAUAAGAACCUCAAUCGAGUGGAAAUCCAGGAGUCCUGUAGCAGCCUGAUUUCCCCGGGUGGUGACAUAGAGACUAAGAUCAGGAACUUGCCUCCAGCUGAGCCACAACCACAGCAAGAGCCAGGCCAGACACCAGGCCACUUGGAUGGUGACAUUGCCCAGAUUCCCACUAGUGCACAAGCUGGGGAGCCAGAGGGCAGGUUAAAAAGAAAGCGCCAGAAUGCCGCAGGGAGUGGGCGGCACAUUUGCCAUGAGCAUGGGAAGAGCUUUGCACAGAGUUCAGGCCUGAGUAAACACAGAAGAAUCCACACUAGAGAGAAACCCUACGAAUGUGAAGAAUGUGGGAAAGCUUUUAUUAAGAGCUCUGAUCUUGUCAUUCACCAGAGAGUUCACACUGGGGAGAAACCCUAUGAGUGUGAAGAAUGCGGCAAGGCCUUUAGUCAAAACUCAAACCUUAUCAAACACCAAAGAACACACACUGGGGAGAAGCCCUACAAGUGUGAUGACUGUGGAAGAGCCUUCAGCCAUAGGUGCAGUCUCCUUGAACAUCAUAGAAUCCAUACAGGGGAAAAGCCAUACAGGUGCACUGUGUGUGGCAAAGCCUUUAGGCAGAGUUCACAUCUCCUGAGACAUCAGAGGGUCCAUGGGGGUAAAAAGAUUCAGGAAAGUCAGUUGGAAAAUGUCCAAAUUCCUGUGUCUUACAAAUGUAGUGAGUGUGAAAGAAGUUUUACUCAGAAUACAGAUCUUCUUGAACAUCACAAAAUCCAUACUGGGGAGAAACCCUAUGAGUGUGAAGAAUGCGGCAAGGCCUUUAGUCACAACUCAGACCUCAUAAGACACCAGAGAAUACACACCGGUGAGAAGCCCUACAAGUGUGAUGACUGUGGAAGAGCCUUCAGCCAGAGGUGCAGUCUCCUUGAACAUCAUAGAAUCCAUACAGGGGAAAAGCCAUACAGGUGCACUGUGUGUGGCAAAGCCUUUAGGCGGAGUUCACAUCUCCUGAGACAUCAGAGGGUCCAUGGGGGUCUUGAACGUCACAAAAUCCACACUGGGGAGAAACCCUAUCAGUGUGACACAUGUGGAAAGGGCUUCACGCGAACAUCAAACCUCAUUCAACAUCAGCGAAGCCACAAAAGGAAGAGAAAUCUGUCCUAGCCAUCCAUGCUGUAUGUGACGGAGUUGGUGCUCAUCCUUCACUGAACUGAAGCCACCUGAUGUCCUUACUCCUACAGAAGCUGUGGGCCAGAGCUUCAUUGGCUACUACACAUCAUUAGGUGUUAGAAAAUAUGGGAAAUACAGUUUUUGCCCUCUACAAGAUAAUUAGGAAAACACUUUUUUAAUAGGAAUCCGAGUGUGUUUUCUGGAAGAAAGACGACUGAAAAUGGUUUGUUGUUACUUGCUGAACUUACAUUUCCUCCUGGACCAGCCGGGUGUCCUUGACCUGCGUUUUUCCUUCAGUGGAUAGCUGCAGUUUGGAAAUGUCUGCCCUGGCCAUACUGAAUCUUUCAUGAGAUAGAUUCAUGAAUUUUGCUCCUCAUGGUGCCUUGCAUACAGUUACUAAUAAACAUUUACUAAAUGUACAAGUAAAUGAUCUGUGUAGGCUUAAAAACAAUCUGUCUAAAUUUCUUAACAAUUUCUAAGGCCAUCUGAA